UCUCUCUCUCUCUCUCUCUCUCUCUCUCUCUCUCUCUCUCUCUCUCAUAUAUUCUAACCAUGCAAGCCUCUCUUCAUCACUUCUCCAUAAGCGCUUCAUCCCUAACCUCAGACCCUAAAAUUAAAAUUCAAAAACCACAUGUCACUUGCAAAAUCCUCAUUAACCCUUCCAAGAAAAUAUCUCCUCGCAAGCAGGUGCCGCUCUCACCACCACCCUUACCUGAACCAGCGGUACCCUCAUUGUUUCGACAUGAACCUGCUGAACCCAUGCUCAUACCACCACAAAAGACGACCUACCCAAUUGAUUUAAACCCAUUCCAAAAGCUUGCAGCCUCAGCUUUGGACAUAAUAGAGGCUUCACUUCUUGUACCACUGGAGAGAAAUCAUGUGCUGCCUAAAACCGUUGACCCCGCAAUUCAAAUAUCAGGUAAUUUCGCGCCGGUUCAAGAGUGUCCGGUUCGUCAUGGCCUGAAGGUUGUUGGCCAGAUUCCAGACACCUUACGUGGCGUUUACUUGCGCAACGGCGCUAAUCCUGUGCAUGCGCCCACUGGUGGACACCACUUGUUUGAUGGUGAUGGCAUGAUUCAUGCCGUUACCUUGGGAAAUGGAAACCGAGCCAGCUAUAGCUGCAGGUACACACGUACUAGCCGGCUCGAGCAAGAAGCCGCAUUGGGGAGGAGCCUUUUUCCUAAGCCAAUAGGUGAGUUGCAUGGACACUUGGGCUUGGCUCGGCUGAUGAUGUUUAUGGCUCGAGCUGGUAUCGGCUUCAUUGAUGGAUCACGAGGCACUGGCGUGGCAAAUGCUGGGUUGGUUUAUUUCAACGGUCGAUUAUUGGCCCUGUCGGAGGAUGAUCUUCCUUACCAUGUAAAGAUCAGGAGCGGUGGCGAUCUAGAAACGAUCGGACGGUUCAGUUUUCGUGAUCAACUUGAUUGUCCUUUGAUUGCACACCCUAAAGUGGACCCCAUAACCGGUGAGUUGCAUGCACUGAGUUACAACGUAAUAAAGAAACCGUACUUAAAAUACUUCAAGUUUGACAGGUGCGGGAAAAAGUCACGUGACCUGAACAUUGACUUAGAUCAGCCAACAAUGAUCCACGACUUCGCCAUCACACGAAAUUUUGUAGUAAUCCCUGAUCAUCAAGUGGUUUUCAAGUUAUCCGAAAUGAUUCGUGGCGGUUCACCCGUAAUAUAUGACCGAAACAAGACUUCAAGGUUCGGAAUUUUGUCAAAAAAUGACGAAAACGAAUCAAGAAUCCGAUGGGUUGAUGUGCCAAAUUGUUUUUGCUUCCAUUUGUGGAAUGCAUGGGAAGAAGUUGGCAGCAAUGGUGACAAAAUUAUCGUGGUUAUCGGGUCUUGCAUGAACCCUCCGGACUCCAUCUUCAACGCAUCCGAAAUUCCAAUUCAAAGUGAAUUAUCCGAAAUUCGGUUGAAUUUGAAUACUGGAGAGUCGAUCCGGAGUGCUAUAGUGUCGGGAAUGAAUUUGGAAGCAGGCCAAGUAAACCGAAAACUUCUGGGUGAGAAAACCCGGUUCGUUUACUUGGCAAUAGCAGAGCCAUGGCCCAAGUGUUGUGGCAUUGCUAGGGUUGAUCUGCAGAGUCGAGAAGUGAGCAAAUUUAUGUAUGGUGAAGGAAGGUUUGGUGGUGAGCCAUUUUUGGUGGCGAAAAAUGGGCGAGUUGAUGAAAUUGGCAAGGAAGAUGAGGGGCACGUAAUGGGUUUUGUGAGGGACGAGAUGAAAGAAAGGUCUGAGUUGGUGAUAGUAAAUGCAUCAAGCAUGGAGCAAGUAGCUUCUGUGAGGUUGCCCACUAGAGUGCCUUAUGGGUUUCAUGGCACUUUUGUUAGUGAAGAUGAAUUAAGAGGACAAGCUUAGCUAGCUUUAAUGAAGAAUUAUUAUCUGCUAUUUCUACACAUGAUCAAUAGAUUAAUAAGCCUAGAUUGUAGUUUUGUAUAUAGGUUUCAAAAUAAAAUGAAUGAAAAAGCAUGUUCAUGUACAAGAGAUAUAUGUAAUUUUCAUUUAUCUA